GGCCAGUGGGGCCCGGGCCACGCGAGCGGGGAUGGGGAUCGGGUGAACGAUGCUCAUUAGGGCGCGCGUGGGGCCUGAGCUUCAACAGUCCUCCUCAGGAUGGAGCUUUCAGGGCAGAGCUUCUGAGCGCCGACUGCCUGAGCCAAGACUUUCCACGAGAGCACUGCUGGCGGGCGCCGCGAGGAACUGAUCAAUCAGUUUCCCACUAACUGUUGGCGGGGCACCAAUCCGUCAAGAAGGCCGCCGAGCAGAUAAUGAAUUACACAUUCUUUUCCGGGGGGUCAUGUAUCAAAAUCCCAUAUUUGAACAAAUCCAAUGUUUCAAGAACUGCCCUGUAGGGUCACUCCGUGAGUGCCUGGAGGACCUCUGAUGGCACCCAGUCCGCGGGCCCUGGCACCAGCCGCUGGGGGGAGCUCUCCGCCUGGGCGCUCGCCCCCGCAGGGGGCCCACUCCGGCGGCGCAGCGCAGGGGGCGCACGCUCGAGGCGCAGCACCAUCCAUGGGCACUACCACCGCUUUCUCGACGCUCGGCUUCAGUCCCGAGCAACGCGCGAACUCGUCGAAGAUCUUUGCCAGCAUCGCCAUCGACCGCAGCCCGCCGCACAGGAAGAUGAUGGUCGGUGUCGUCCGCGUCCGCGAAGCUUGCCACGCUUUCUGUCGUAAGCACGCGGGGCUGGCUGCCCCGGCAGGCAGGGGGCAACACGCUGUGAUGUAAUUAUUCUCAAGUCUGCUGCCUUCGCAGGGCGCGACUGGACUCGAGAGGUGCGCGG